UCACGUGUGCAGUCCGCGGCUUGGCUUCGUUACUAACGACCUCGGGGAGAAGGAUGUGCUAAACUUGGGUCGAGUUAGCGUGUUUAUUCCUCCGACUUGUAUUACUACUCGGUGUUAGGGGUUUGUUUGUUCCCGGCGCAGGCUCCUCUCUGCUCGGUGGGACCCCAGGAGUCGACGGUUCUGCGGAAGAAGCAGAUAGACCACACACAGCAUGUCAUACUACUCCUCCUCUCGAAGUUCGUCCCGUGUCCCGGACUGUAAAGUUUACGUGGGUGACCUGGGUAAUGGUGCUGCCAAGGGAGAAUUGGAACGAGCCUUUAGUUACUACGGGCCUCUCAGGAGUGUCUGGGUGGCCAGGAACCCACCCGGUUUUGCAUUUGUGGAAUUUGAAGAUUCUAGAGAUGCAGAAGAUGCUGUGAAAGGGAUGGAUGGAAAGCUCCUGUGCGGCUCUCGUGUUCGGGUUGAGAUGUCAACAGGCAUGUCCAGGAAGGGACGUGGGCGCCCGAGCCGGCGCCAGUUUGACCCCAACGAUCGUUGUUACCAGUGUGGUGAUCGGGGCCACUAUGCUUAUGACUGCUACCGCUUCAGCAAGAGAGGCGGCGGACGUCGCAGCAGGUCUCGGUCCCGUUCGCGGUCUCGGUCCCGGUCUCGAUCCAGGUCUAGGUCUCGUGGACGCCGCUACCACUCACACUCGCGCUCUCGUUCUCGCAGUCGUAGCAGGAGUCGCCGUCGCUCUCCGUCCUAUUCCAGGCGCAGAAGCAGGUCUGGCUCUCGCGCUCGCUCCAAGUCCAGGACUCCCAUGAGAAGUCGCUCCAGAUCUCGAUCUCGCUCUCGGUCUGGAUCAGCCCCACGAGGACGCUCUGGGUCUCGCUCCCGCUCACGGUCUAAGUCUGCCAACCACAAGAGAACCAGCGUGUGGUGGGAGCUGCGCACUGCACUGACACUUCAGCUGAUCCCAGGCCCAGGGUCUGCCAGCUGGCGUCGCUCCCGCUCAGCAUCUCCAUACCGAAGCCCAAAGGCCGAACCGGAGGACUGAGGCGAAGAUCCUCCCCCUUCCCUCCCCACCCCUCCCCCCCAUCUUUAAAAGAUGGUUCUUCGUCCCUGCAGCACGUCUGCUUUUACAACUGUUCAUUUUUUGCCCCUCCCUCCUACCCCCCUCCCCGACAGGCAGCAAACCUGCAAAGGAAAAAGGUGAUUUCGUACAUUCAGGAUUUGGAAUUUGGACUGCAUAUUUAAAUCUCUUUAUGCUGAAACUUUGAAUCAACCACAGAUUUUUGCUGUUUCAGUUUACGUCGGCAAUAAGUAUAAACUUGGCCUGCAUGUGCGAUAGUUUGCAUGUCACCUUCACAGCACCCGUUUUUUGUAGUUUCUGGUUUUUGUGACUAAAACCUUUAGUGUGGAUGAAGUGGCUCAGAGCUGCGGAUUUCACUCAUACGUUGAUUUGUUGCUUCGUUUUACUUUGUACAGUUUUUUUGUUUGAUUCUUGAAGGGCUGCGUCAUAGUUCUCUUCCUGGUUUGUAUGAGAUCGUGCCAGUUUUAUUUUUAAAUAAAUUUCGUCAACAAA